CCGGCAACUUUCCCUUCAAAAAACAUUCAAGAACGAAGAAGCAGUAAGAAGAAAUUCUCGAUUCUUGAAUGUUUUUAGUACUGCAAACUCAAAUUUCCCAUCUCGAUCUCCAAUUCUCAGCCGUCCAAAUAUUCGAUUUGCAGUCUCAUCUUUUCCCCCAAAUUUCCCCUUUUCCAUCCCCAAUCCGCCUCAGCAGAUUCCCCAUUUAUAUUUCUCUGCACUUCUUUCCGCCAAGCCAAGAAUCUCUUCCACCCUCACAGAUUCUCUCUUUCUCACAAAACUUACCUUUAUCAACGAUGCCAUUGUUCUUCUCUCCUCCCCUUUCUUCCGUUCUUUUUCUCCCCACUCCCCCGAUUCCCUCUCCCAGAGUCCUUUUCGUUCCAUACUUGCCCUUUUCGGCUUCUCGUAAAACUGGAAAACCUUCCACUAUACAUAGAGCUCCACCCCCCUUGCCCCCAUGUCUUCUUCAACCAGUCUCAGCCAUCUCUCCCAGCCUUGCAUUUAUGCAGGGCACUCUGUUUCUCCCCGCACAGAACGGAAAUCCAGAUUUAUGAAAUGGUUGAGUAAGCUUUUCAAAGGCAGUUCUAGUAAGAGUGUAGCUAGUGGACAGCAGCCUCAGUUUCUAGGAGAAGAAAACAUGGUUUGGCGUACUCCAAUUAGAUCCAUGGACGAACGGUCUAGAGCCAAGGAAAGGGAGGAAUUGGAGCGUGCAAUUGCGCUUUCUCUGGCUGAAGGUUUGAAGAGGCCUAGUGGUAACAAUGGCUACAGAUGGAGGGCAGACAAUGAUGAAGAUGUAACAAGGUCACUUCGCGGCAAUGGGCUUAAUUCAUCAACACGUGGCAGUGGGCUUAACUCGUCAACAUUUCCCCCGUAUCCUCCUUCAUAUGCCCCGAGGGAUUAUUCUCCAAGAGGCUAUAGGGUAUGUGGUGGUUGCCACCGGGAAAUUGGCUUUGGCAACUAUUUGGGAUGCAUGGGGACUUUCUUCCAUCCAGAAUGCUUUCGUUGCCAUGCGUGUGGUUACCCUAUCACCGAACAUGAGUUUUCUCUGUCAGGGAAUAAGUCGUACCAUAAGUCGUGCUUCAAAGAACUGACUCAUCCUAGAUGUGAAGUCUGCCAUCAAUUUAUCCCAGCAAAUGGAUCUGGCUUGAUCGAGUAUAGAUGCCACCCCUUUUGGUCUCAGAAAUAUUGUCCUUCACAUGAGCAUGAUAACACUGCACGCUGCUGCAGUUGUGAACGAUUGGAGUCAUGGGAUGCGAGAUACGUAUCGCUUGGAGAUGGUCGGAGCUUAUGCUUGGAGUGCAUGGAAUCUGCUAUCAUGGACACGGGGGACUGCCAACCGCUUUACCAUUCCAUCAGAGACUUUUACGAGGGCAUGAACAUGAGAAUAGAUCAGCAGGUUCCUAUGCUCCUCGUCGAAAGACAAGCCCUAAAUGAAGCUAUCGAAGGGGAGAAACAUGGGUUCCACCACAUGCCUGAAACCAGAGGCCUAUGCCUGUCUGAGGAGCAGACAGUUAGCAGUAUACAGAGAAGACCAAGAAUGGGUGGCCGUGGAUUUGUAGGAAUGCGUACACAGCCUCAGAGACUACCUCGAAGAUGUGAAGUUACAGCGAUCUUAGUCUUAUACGGUCUCCCAAGAUUACUGACUGGCGCCAUUCUUGCACACGAAUUAAUGCAUGCCUGGUUACGUCUGAAAGGAUAUCGCAAUCUCAACCCUCAAGUGGAAGAAGGGAUUUGCCAGGUGCUUUCCCACAUGUGGCUCGAGUCGGAGGUGAUGCCAACCAGAUACAGAAAUAUGCCAUCGACAUCAACAGCUUCAUCAUCAUCCUCAUCGUCUUCUUCCAAGAAAGGUGGAAGGUCUGGCACGGAGAACAAGCUGGGCGAGUUUUUCAAGCAUCAGAUAUUAAACGACGCUUCCCCCGCCUAUGGAGAAGGCUUCAGAGCAGCUCAUGUAGCCGUGAACAAAUAUGGAUUAAGAAGUACCUUGGAACACAUUCGUCUUACCGGCACUUUUCCCAUAUAAAUCUGCCUUUUUCCCCAUCAUCUGCUCUUCUUUGGGCAUGUCAGAGAUCAUGGAAUACCCUUCAUUAUUUUUUGUCUGGGGAUUCAAGAAAACAGAUGCAGAAGUAUGCAGAAACUGCAGAAUCCUUUAAAAAAAAAGAACUUUUUUUUUUCGACGUAGAUGAUGAUGUUUGUUAAUACACAAAGGGAAUGAAAGACAGAUAUUGAUAUUAAUUUCUGGUUUAUGUGAUAUAAUAAUCAA